AUGGCACCUCAUAGAUAUAAUGAGCCAGGGGUCGUAGAGACUUCGGAAACUGAGCUCAUAUCGGGAACUGAGUCUCAGUCGUCUGACCAGAGCCACAUUCGAAAGCAAUAUACUGAUACUUCAGUAUCCUUGGAAAGAUUUUUUGAUCAGUUGUCGGAAGAGGUCAAAGGAAGUCAAUCAGACAAAUUAAAGGCAGAUGAUUUGGAGGAAGUAAAGGCAUCUUUAUCAAGACUACCUAAAAUUGAAUCAAAUUUGGAAAGGAACUUAGAGAAAAGAGUCUCCCAGAAUGAUAGCACCAAAAGUAUCCUAAAGCUUCAUGAUCCUAUUCAGCUUAAGGUUCCCAAGAAGAAACAGGAACAAGACGCGGGAGACAAAUGGUUCAACAUUAAGGAGCCUGAGAUCACGCCCAGUAUGAAAAGAGACCUAACUCUUAUUAAACAAAGAGGAGCAUUAGAUCCAAAGAGGCAUUAUAAAAAAGACAAAAUGGAAAUUUCAAAAUUUUUUCAAAUGGGAACCAUUAUUGAAGGCAACACAGAGUUCUAUUCGUCAAGGUUAUCUAAUAAAGAUAGGGGAAACAAUUUGGUGGAGGAGAUAUUGAAUGAUGAUGACUCCAAGAAGUAUUUCAAGAGGAAAUACUCAGAAAUACAACAGAACAAAACAAGCGGUGGUAAGGCUCAUUACAAGAAAUUAAGAGACAAGAGAAAGAAGUUUUGA